GGUGGAGGAUGCCAGUGCAGGUCACAUGGCUCCUUCUCAGACACACUUCAUGCAGUUAGCCAGUAAAAAAUGUUUUCAUUGCCUCCAGCCGUCCUUACUCUCCCACGUCCGAUGAGAGCACGCGUGUAGACGCCUUUUGAGGCCACACGGACACGCGGAAAACCACCGGCGGUCUCCAGGUGAAACAACGAAGCGGCGCUUCUUUUUUUUGGUUUUUGUUCCCCUAGAAGCGGCUCCUGUGGGGCACAGCAGCGAGCUAACGUCCGCCAGGCCGGGACUGAGGAGGCCCCAAACCGCACAGCAACACGGGGGAAACAUCAUGGCGAACAUCGCGGUUCAAAGGAUAAAACGGGAAUUCAAGGAGGUGCUGAAAAGCGAAGAGACGAGCAAAAACCAGAUUAAGGUGGAUCUGGUAGACGAGAACUUCACAGAACUUAAAGGGGAGAUAGCAGGGCCACCUGAUACACCAUAUGAAGGCGGUAGAUAUCAACUAGAAAUAAAAAUUCCAGAGACAUAUCCUUUCAAUCCACCCAAGGUGCGGUUUAUCACAAAGAUCUGGCAUCCCAACAUAAGUUCGGUCACUGGUGCAAUAUGUUUGGACAUUCUCAAAGACCAAUGGGCGGCGGCUAUGACGCUGAGAACAGUCCUCUUGUCACUACAAGCUUUAUUGGCAGCUGCAGAACCAGAUGAUCCACAAGAUGCUGUGGUAGCCAAUCAGUACAAGCAGAACCCAGAGAUGUUCAAACAGACAGCAAGGCUUUGGUCUCACGUCUACGCUGGCGCUCCCGUCUCUAGUCCGGAGUACACACGCAAAAUAGACAAACUCUGUGCCAUGGGCUUUGAAAAAAAUGCAGUAAUAGUGGCCUUGUCGUCAAAAUCCUGGGACGUGGAGACGGCAACAGAGCUACUGCUCAGUAACUGAAUCUUGACGGCAAAUUUUACAUCUCCUUCAUUUUCCCCCUCCUCACUCGCUCUCAUACAGCCUCCUCCAUCUUCCCCGCCGUCUCUUGGCGUCUCUCCGCUCCGCACCUUCUGUUUCACAGUGGACUCCGCCUCUCUCCCUGUUCAUCGCCUCUGCCGUGCCACACUCCAAUCAGCUGCUCGGUGAGCGAGCAUGACUGGUCCCCCUCCAAGGUCAUUCAACAUUCCGGUCAGUGUUACAAUCAGAAGUCUGACCACUUUAAAAAGCCCGCUUGUGAUGCCACGUCUCUCACUGCGUACGUAAGCAGCUUACCCUCACCUAUGCAGUGCAUUCACUUUUUGGUUUUGAAUAUUUUUUGUUUUUUUUGCGGGACACAGUGGAGCAGAAUGUUUUGGAUUAGCCCCUAAUUUGGGCCUGUUUCCACGCGCUGAGAUGAAAGGCAGAGUCCAAGGCAAAUGUAAUUAUUUGUUCUCCCCCCAAUAAGACUACCCAUAUAAUUAUCACAUGGACCUAAUGCAAUUAAAGAGGGUAGCUCAGUGUAAAUAAAAUUCUCAAAUUAGA